CUCCAAUCUCCGGUGAUGAUGCCUAUAGGCUUCCUGACGGAUAAGCAUGGAUUUAAUGUUAACUGCGCCUCGCUGGCCCCAAGAUAAUGGUUGGAUUUAAAUCGUCUUCGCUAGGAUCAUCAUCUCUCCUCGUCCUCUUACUGGUCGACGCAAGUUCUAGAUCGGCAAGCUGUCAGUUGGAUUUGUGCUUGGAUAUUUUCUCAUAUUUUCGUUUUCCUGCCACUACUGCAGUGAUGUCUUUCUUUCUAUUUUACCGGCGCGCAUCAUCUAGACACGUUCGAGAAAUCAUUUGCGGAUGUCCAUGAAGGAUCGCAGUCGAAGAUCUUCGAAUCAUGUUUCUCAACAUUUUUGUUGCAAUUACGACAGUCACUUUUGUCAGCCUUGCCUUCGCUCAGACAAACACCACGACUAUCAAUCCUAGCGAUGUUGAUCUCACAACUCGCGAUGAAUGGUGUCAAAGCCAGGUCAAUACAUGCGGUACACUUUGUAGCGGAGACCCGAAUACUAAUAGCUGCGAUCCCGACACUUUGUCCGACAAUUGCACUUGCGCUCCCAGCAACUCGACUCCCGACCUUGCUGCCUACACGCAAACACUUCCAACUUUCAUCUGCGAGUAUCUCUAUACGAAUUGCAACUCAAGUGCAGCGGGCAAUGCGUCCGCGCAGGCGGACUACAAGACAAACAUUGGAGACACUUGCGGAACGCUGAAUCCCGCCGACUUUGUAGCGUCAGCUACAACAAGUUCUGCGACUUCCCAGAAAUCAAGCUCAACCACCUCAAGUGAUACAAGGCAAAGCUCGUCAAGCGGUAGCAGCUCAAGUACCAAGAGCCAAUCGAGCAGUUUCAAAAGCACUAGUAGCUUCGUUUCCUCGACGUCGUCGACGAGUGUCCCAGGGCAGACUCAGGCAAGCAUCACAACCCCAAAUCCUGGGACAUUGCCGUCUCUCAUAAGCAAGCCGAAUACCGCCACAGGUCUGAGUGCAGGAGCAAAGGCAGGAAUUGGUAUAGGAGCUACCGUCGGAGUCCUGCUCCUGUGUAUAGGUGGAUAUAUGCUAUGGUGGCAGCGUCGCAGAGCAUUGUUCCAGCUUUCUGAUCCACAAGUACCAGAGCUGAGUACGAACGGGAUACUUGAGAUCCCGCAGUUGGAGACGAGAGAGAAGCCGGGCGAGCUGCAGGCGGAUGCAAUACCAAGGGUCCAUGAAUUAGAAUGAAAAGUUUGAAUGAUGGAUAAUUUUGCUGUGAGUGGGUCGAAGACGUAAAUGCCGGUCUUACUUGGGAGAAAGCAUGCUAUCCUGGAUGUCUAAGGGAUGAGUUUCAAGGAG